AUGUCUGAUCCAAGCGCCGAGCUCCAAUCCACACUCCGCGACCUGGCCAUUGGCAAGAAAGGACCAGUACAGGAUAUCGCCCGACCAGUCCCCAGCAAAACCUCAACAGCAACGGCCGCCCCGAAACCAAAAAAGCCCACCACAAAGUCCGUGGCAGACUCCUGGGAAGAUGAAGCCAAUCUCUCCAGCGACGACGAGCCAUCCUCCACGUCAAACCAAGCAUCCCCUUCCGUCCUCUCGCCCACAAUCAGCACCGAGGGACCACUAGAUCCCCCUCCCACGCCCAUCUCGCCGCAGACGUCGUAUUCGUGGGCCGGGGCAGGCUCUGCGUCCCCAGUUGCGGGGCAGAAUAAUCCGAGCCGGAGGCCUGAGAAGCAGACUGCCGUGGCGGGACGAUUGAUUGCGGGUGCGUUGGGGGUUCGGGCACCGAAGCGGACGGAGGAGCAGAGAGCUUAUGAUCGGUCUGUGAAGGAGCAGGAGAUUCGGCGGCGGAAUCGGGAGCGAGAGGAGUUGGCCAAGGCAAAGGAGGAAGAGGAGCGGGCUAAGGCUUCGGUCUGGACUGAUUAG